AUGGCAAAUUUACUAGUGAGCAUCGUUUACAUUGUUUUACUGGCAGAAUUUAUUUUGGGAAAUUUUGCCAAUAUUUUCAUAGCACUUGUGAACUGCAUUGACUGGAUGAGGAGACACAAAAUCUCCUCAGCUGAUCGAAUUCUCAUUGCUAUGGCAGUUUCAAGAAUUGCUUUGCUUUGGAUAAUGUAUAUGCAUUGGGAUUCACAUGUGUUUAAUGCAGACCUAUAUACUAGACAAGUAAGAUUUAUUAUUCUUAUAACUUUGACAGUAAUCAACCAUAUUAGCUUUUGGCUUUCCACUAGCCUCAGCGUUUUUUACUUACUCAAAAUAGCCAAUUUCUCCAAUCCUAUUUAUAUUCUUCUAAAGAGGAAUACUACCAGGUUCAUUCUAGUGAUCCUGCUGGGGAGUUUGUUGGUUUUGUUUUGUCAUCUUGCAGUGACAAGCAUCGAGUGGACUAUGGGUUUGAGUGAACAUGAAAGAAAUAUGACUUGGAAGGCCAAUUUGACCAUCAUCCUAAGCCUUUCAUAUGUGACUGUUUUCACUGGAGUAAACUUCAUACCCUUUAUAACAUCCCUGAUAUGUUGUCUGCUGUUAAUCUAUUCCCUGUGCAAACAUCUCAGGAAAAUGCAGCUCCAUGGCCAAGGAUCCCAAGACAUCCACAUCACGGUGCAUGUAAAAGCCAUAAGAACAGUGUUCUCUUUCCUCUUGCUGUUUGCUAUUUAUUUUCUGUCUAUAGUGAUAAGAGUUUGGAUGUUUAAUAGACUACAGAGUAAAUGGUUCCUAUCACUUUGUCAUGCCAUUGGAUUAAUCUAUCCUUCAAGCCAUUCAUUUGUCAUGAUUUUGGAAAACAGGAAGCUGAAGCAGGCCUUUUUGUCAAUAACAAUUUCUCCAGAAGGGCUGCUGAAUGAACCUGUCUUCUGGCUUCGCCAUCCCUUUGAAUGUGCCUAUCCUUCAAGCUAUUUAUUCAUUCUGAUUUGGGGAAAUAGGAAGCUGAAAUGGGUGUUUUUGUUUAUUUUGCUGCAGAUGAGGUACAGGCGCAUCACACCACAUUCUUGUGAAGAAAGUGACGCCCUGAGCAGUUCGCAGAUGUGUCCAGAAGUGCAUGAAGGUGCAAGCACAGUGAGUAAUGACUCCAGUACAUGUGGAUUUCCAUUCAAGUCCAAAUGGAAGGAUGAACUUGGUCAGGCAAGACACCGACCAAGAGAACAGGAGAUGCACAUGACUCAUAAAGCCCCGUCCUGUGCCACUGCAGACCCUCCAAUAGUGACUUGCUUUAUGACAUCGGCCCAAGAAGUACACAUGGGCAUGUGGGUUAACGGUUUGCACUUGCCAUCUUUUUGCUCAGAGAGAAGGUUCUCCACGGCUGGAGAAGGGCUGAUCUAG